CUACAUGUGACACAUUCAUCAACACACACCUAGGUUGUUCCUCGACUCAUCAAGUCGUGUCAAAGAUACAUCAUGUCGACCCUUAGAUUCAUCAUUUCCUUCGCCGCCAUCAUAGCUAGCUGCCGUGCUAGCAUAGGCCCCGCUCACAUAGUACCAGCAGUCAGAUCCUUCCCCAUCGUUAGAUACGCUCCAUUCUACAACUUCCCUCACGGCAUCAGAUCCAUCCACGCCGUAGCACCAGCCUCGCUUGCCGCCGUAGCGCCAGCACCUGUACUGCCAGCGCCUCUCCCUGCUCCAGUGUUACCGGCGCCUUUACCAGCCCCAGUGUUACCAGCGCCAGCACCGUUCUUCGCGCCUGCUGUACCGAGAUUAGCACCUGCGGUUCCAGCGUUGCCGGCUCCUGUAUUUGCGCGAGCUCUACCAGUGCCCGCGCCUGUUCCUUUCGCACCCAUUGUGAGGCCAGCUUAUGCGCCAGCUCCCGUAUUUGCGCCUGCCCCAGUCGCACCAGCUCCUGUGUUUGCACCUGCUCCUGCUCCGGUAUUUGCCCCUGCUCCUGCUCCGGUAUUUGCCCCGGCUCCAGCCUCAGUAUUUGCGCCAGCCCCUAUUGCUGUGGCAAGAGCAGUACCCCAUCUGCAUUUAUACAACAGGUUCCUCACGCCAGCUCCGCUGGCGCCAGCACCUAUCGCGUGGAAAUGAAUCUAGUCUGACAAUAGUAGUAAUAUUAAAAUUAAAUUGACUUAGUUAAGUUAGUAGGUUUUUGUACUUGAGACGAGACUGUUAUUUUGUAAAAUAAAAUAAAAUACACAGUCAUAAAA